UCGACCGAGAAGUCAUUAGCUGAUUCUUUGUGUUUUGUGAGCUUCAGUAGUGGUAAACAGACACCUUUCUGAGUGCAAUGGCUGUGCGAAGAAGCAUGAGCGGCAGCAUCGGCGCCGUUGUUCUCGGGCUGAUGCUGGCCCUGUGCUUUGCGACGACCCUCGUCUGCGGGGAGAGGGACUGGACCGUCGGCGAGGGCGGCGGCUGGACCUUCGGCGUGGCCGGCUGGGAGAACGGCAAGCCCUUCUCGGCCGGCGAUGCGCUCGUGUUCAAGUAUAAUCCGAGCAUGCACAACGUGGUUGAGGUGGACGAAGCUGGGUACAACUCGUGCACGGCCGGCGCCGGUGCCAGGACCUACACCUCCGGCAACGACAAUAUCAGGCUCUCCGGUGGCAAGACCUUUUACAUCUGCAGCUUUCCUGGCCACUGCCAGGGAGGGAUGAAAAUCGCCGUCGCGACCCAGUAGACGGUCUAUGUGCAAAAGCACUAAGAAACGUCAAUAAUUGUCGUGUUAUAAAGAAUUCAUAUCAUUUGCUCUGCAUUUCGGUUC